AUGGCGCGGUAUCCAGACGUUGCAAACUGGCUGCUCGUCUUGACGCUCGCCUGGGCUCCCAUCCGCAGCCUCGGCCUGGCCGUCCAGCCGUACGAGCAUCGCUUGGACAAUGAACAGCUAGUCUUGGGACAGCAUCGCCCAGAAUCACCCACCACAGCCUAUCGAUCUCAGGCUCCUUACGCACCGCCCUUUCCCAGCAGGCCGGGACACCGUCCGUCAGGAUUCAUCGCUCUCGGUGACUCGUACUCUGCCGGCAUCGGCACGGGCCUGUUCAACGGCACCGAAGAUGACUGUCGCCACGGGCACAAUGCCUACCCGAUGCUGGUCCAGAACGACCUCAGCCGCAGCCUGGAUGGAGGCGACAGCCCUACCUUUCAGUUCCUCUCGUGCACGGGCUCGACCGUCAACGAUAUGCUCGCCGGCGCGGAGCACAGCCAAAUUGACGGGUUCAACACGACGACGACGGCCGACUUUGCCCUCCUGUCCAUUGGCGGCAACGACCUGGGCUUCUUUGAAAUCAUGAACAGCUGCAUCUUUCGCUUCUACAGCUUCUACUCUGGGACCUGCGAAUCUGCUCUUCGUCGCGCCGACGAGCAAAUGGCCGGCUCCGAUUUCGAACACCGCCUUCGACUCGUCAUCAUGGAAAUUCUCGACCGCGUCCGGUGGGAGAAGCGGCCGUGGUUCACCAUCACCGUCACUGGAUACGCCCGCUUCUUCAACGCCGACACGGAGGAGUGCGACGACUACUCUUUCGGCAUGUGGUGGCGAGGCCCCAAGCUGAAGCGGGAGCUUCGACGGCGCAUGAACGACAUGGUUGUCGACGUCAACGACAAGAUCCGGCGCUCAGUCGACGCCAUCAACGCCGCGUUUGCGGAGCCCAGGGUGCUCUUUGUCGACUACGAUGACGCCUUUGACGACCAUCGCUUCUGCGAGCCGGGCGUCGUCGAGCCUGACUAUGCGAGAAACGAAACCUGGUUCUUCCUCGUUGGCGGCCUGGACAACUCGGAGACGCCCGUGCCCGGGACAACAGACACCCUGCUCCCUCUCGACUCCCCGCUGGUUGAUCCGGUCGACUGCCUCGAACCUGCGCAGAGAUCCGGGGACUGGGGCGAGAUGGCCCUGUGCAUGAUGGCCACGGCGGCUAGCAAAGAUGCGAAGCUACGAAAGGCAGACGGGCGGGUCGUGGCGGAGAAUUCCAUGUGGUAUGUGCCCACAUAUUACGGCAAGACUUUUCAUCCGGUAGGCUUCUCCUUUUCUCUUGUACGACGCAGUCUUGGCCACAUGGCAAUGAGGGACCGCAUAUACAAGGCCUGGCGUGAAACCGAUAAUAUCCCGACGCUGAGCCUCGCGAUCGUCACUGUCCGUCUGCAACUUAUACCCAACAUCCACCGCCUACAAAGUGUUGUCGCGCCUUGCUGUGCCUGCUACAACUCUUCCCCGUUCCUUGCCGUGUGUCACGAUACAAAAAUUGCACAUCCUGACAUCAUCCCGGCGCAGCGGCAAAUCAUGGCGCCAGACGCAGAGUCGCGCAAAGCCGCAGAUCAAACCAUCAAGGUCGCUUCCAAAAAGGACUCCAAGAAUGCCACAAUCAAGCUGAAGAAGUCGGUCCCAAAGCACAACAAGCCGGGCAACUGGAUGGAUGGCAGCGUCAUCGAUGAAGAGAAAAAAAAGAAUAGCAACUCGUCACCUGCGGUGCCCGUGUCUCCUGGGCCCGUCGUCAACCAGCUGGACGACCUGUCCCGCGAGACUUUUGCCACCGGCCGACCCCUGGAGGACAACCUGGAGCUUCAGCAGUGCAAGCAUUGCAAGAAGAGCAUCCUGAAAACGGCCGCAAAGGGCCAUAUCGCACAGUGCCUCAAGGUCAAGAAAGAAAAGGCCCAGCGGAAGAAGGAGGCUCGAGAAGCUCGAGAGCGAGCCAAGGAGGCGGCCCGCGAAGAAGAGGCCAAGAAGAAUGACGACGACAACGCGGAUGGCAAGGAUGAAGACAGCGAGGCCGAGGAAGAAAAGAAGGCCGGCAAGAAGGCCGCCAGCAAGAAGCCAGAGGUCAGCAAGAAACGCAAAGCAGAUGCCGAUGCAGACAAGGGGCCCAAGGCAAAGAAGAAGAAGGAUGAGCCAAAGGCCAAGCUGCCCAAGCCUAAAGAUUCGCUGACUCUUGUCGUUUCCCCCCCUGCAGGACCUGUCGAUGUUGAGCGCCAAUGCGGUGUCAUUCUACCCAAUGGGCAACCGUGUGCUCGUUCCUUAACCUGUAAAAGUCAUUCCAUGGGAGCAAAGCGUGCCGUAUCAGGAAGAUCUCUACCGUACGACAUGCUUCUGGCAGCGUACCAGAAGAAGAACCAAGCCAAGCAGCAGAAAGCUGCAUUGGAUGCAAAUGCGCCUCUUGAGGACGACGACGACGCCAACAACGGCCCUGUAGACUCUGAUGAAGAGACGGGCGCCGUCAUGAGUGCCUUGGCCCACUGGAACCCUCAACCCCUGCUUCCGCAACCCCUCUUCACCCCCAUCAAGCGCCAGUACCAGCUUGCAAGGCUUCACGAGCAGCUGCAGAUGGCCACCAAUGGAGGCCGCACAAACAUCUUCAAGGUCACCGGCUUUGGCGCUCAAAGGCUGCCCCCGGGCCACCCCGGGCUGUUGGAUAACGAAGACGCUCCGGGCGAGCCCGACGUGGAAUCAAUGUCCAUCCCGGGGUCGGCGCGGCAGGCCAGUUUCGGCAUGCCUGCGCCGCCACAAAGGCCGGCCUCGGUGGCGAGUCGGGCAUAG